AUGCUUGCCCUGGAGGCUACACAGCUGGAAGGCCCACACUUGAGCUGUUUGCAGUACCCAGAAGGUGUCUUCUAUGACCUGGACAGCUGCAAGCCCUUCAGUUACCCAGAUUCAGAUGGGGGCCCUGAUUCCACCUGGGGCUGGACAGAGGCCCCACCUGCCCCCUCCAUCGCCCCCUAUGAAGUCUUCGACCCCGCUACGGCUGCCUUCGCCCACUCCCAGGCUGUGCAGCUCUGUUACGGUCAUGGUCUCGGCCCCUCUGCCUACAGCCCUGUGGGGACCCUAGACCCAGCCCCCAGCUUGCAGCCUCCAGGGCCUGGCCUCCAGGUGUACCCCUCAGAGGACUUGGUCAGCCAGACCCUGGGCCCCUUGGCUCCGUACCCCAGCCCUGUGCUAUCAGAAGAGGAAGACAUUCUGCUGGACAGCCCUGCCCUGGAGGUCUCGGACAGUGAGUCAGACGAGGCCCUCUUGGCUGGCUCCGAGGGGAGGGGAUCCGAGGCAGGUGCACGCAAGAAGCUGCGCCUGUACCAGUUCCUGCUGGGGCUGCUGCUGAGAGGGGACAUGCGCGAGUGCGUGUGGUGGGUGGAGCCGGGCGCCGGCGUCUUCCAGUUCUCCUCCAAGCACAAGGAGCUGCUGGCUCGCCGCUGGGGCCAGCAGAAGGGCAACCGCAAGCGCAUGACGUACCAGAAGCUGGCGCGCGCGCUGCGCAACUACGCCAAGACGGGCGAAAUCCGCAAGGUCAAACGCAAGCUCACCUACCAGUUCGACAGCGCGUUGCUGCCAGCCACCCGGCGCGCCUGAGCACCCCGCUGGGACCCUUUCUGGCCCCCAGGUCCCAGUGCCCCUGGAGCCCCGUCUGGGGCUGCCAGAGUCCUCAGCUCUCACCAGGGCCUCCCCCAGAGUCCCCUGUGCCAUAUAUGGGACAGGAUGGUCGUGUCUGAGGGGGUGUCUCAUGAACAUGUCAUUCUACAUGCUCCUAGCAUGGCAGGUUUCUCCCUGGGGGCUCCUGGUGGUGGUUGCGGUUCCGGAAUCCACAUUGGUACUUCUU